CCCAAAAAAUGACAGAACCAAAGAAGCUGCUAGUGGUGCAGAUAAACCUGCAUCACUGUGAGGCAGCCUUAACUGAGUUAGUAACCUUCCUCAUCAAUUCGAAGACGGACGUCGCCCUUAUCCAGGAUCAAUGGAUUAACAAUAAUAAACUUUAUUUGUCCCGUCUUCUGAGUACAAGGAGCGGUGACAUCACCGUAAUCAACAGAGAAGCCAAAGGUAAGCGUACGCUCACACUGGCUUCGGUGUAUAUGCCGUACGAGGUAACUGACCCCACCCGGCAUAUGACGGCAUAUGCGAGAAGAAAGAGUGCGAUCCUUGUGAUGGGCUGCGGUGCCCAUGCUCAUCAUUGUCAUUGCAAGGAAAUCAACAAAAGAGGGUAA